AUGCCCUCCGACAUCACACGCUUGCUGAACCAUGGUAUCAACGCCAAUUCCGAGUACGCAGUACCUGUGGACGGUAACCCAAACUCCACCUUCAACAACGGUUAUCCCAGGGCCGUGCCGGGAUGUAUCAACCAUGGUAGUAUUGGAAAAGAUCGAAAUCCCCACCGCUUUUUCUUUCCUGUUCACCAUCUAGUUUCUAUUGCUACAUGGUUCUAA